UCUCCCUCCCCCUCUCUCUAUCUCUCUCAACUUUCUCUCUCUCUAGUUCUCUUUCCUACAAAUAUGGGAAUGCAUCCCAAAUUUUCUUGCAACAACUUCUUCUUCUUCUUUUAUGAUAUUUUCAAUGCCAGUUUCGUUCUGAUUUGAACUCUUCAAAGUCUGAUUUUAUUGACCCUUUCUUGAAUACCGCCCCUGGGAUCAUAUAAAAAAGAAAACAAGGAAGAAGACAGCUUCUUUCUGGGAAAUUCUCUGAUUCUGCUUCAGGGUCAAUCUUGAAUCGGCGUAACAAUUUCUCUAUGGGAGAAGCUCCAGCUUUCUUUGUUGAUGAUCUGCAGCAGGUUUUUUCAAAUGGGUUUGAUCCAAAACCCAAAGUCUCUGAGUCGAAAACCACUGUGGGGGACAAAAUAUAUGCGAUUGGUGAGGCACAUGAGGGGUUAGCAUUAUCGACUCGGAUAUUUGACAAAUCUACAGGCGAAUGGGUGAUCCCUGCCGUGUUGGGAACAAAACCCGAAGCAGGUAAGGGCCAUUCGGCUGUGCUUGUAAAUGAGGAUCGGAUAUUGAUCAUCAAGAGGGGUUCCACCCCUGAUGACUGCAUUUGGUUUCUUGAGGUGGAUACUGAAUUUGUAAGGGAGCAGAAAAAAACUUUGGGUACUGAGGUAGUUGCUUGGAGUAGGGGAGUUAUUGGUGAUGCCAAUAAGCCAAUUGUUAUUAGUGGUCCUUCUGGAGUGGGUAAGGGUACAUUAAUAUCCAAACUGAUGAAGGAAUUUCCAUCCAUGUUUGGGUUCUCUGUGAGCCACACAACCCGGGCUCCAAGAGACAAGGAAAUCAAUGGGGUUCAUUACCAUUUCACGGAGCGGAGUGUUAUGGAGAAAGAGAUAAAUGAUGGAAAGUUCCUUGAGUUUGCUAAGGUUCAUGGGAAUCUCUAUGGAACCAGUAUUGAAGCUGUUGAAGUGGUUGCAGAUGCUGGAAAGAAAUGCAUUCUUGACAUUGAUGUUCAAGGGGCAAGGUCCGUGAGGGCUAGUUCUCUUGAAGCCAUUUUCAUCUUUAUCUGUCCACCCUCAUUUGAGGAGCUUGAGAAGCGCCUUCGUGCAAGGGGAACAGAAACAGAGGAACAGAUCCAAAAACGACUCCGGAAUGCAAAAGCAGAGCUUGAACAAGGGCAAUCAUCUGGUCUCUUUGAUCAUAUCUUAGUAAACGAUGACCUCGACAAGUGCUAUGAGAAUCUCAAGAAAUUGUUGGACCUAGACGGAAAUGUUGCUGAUACUUUCUCCAAACCUUCAUCAAAACCAGUUGAGCUGCCCAUAGGCCAUUCGGUGUUGAAAAUCAAUGAAAAAGUCGUGAUAAGCUGUAGAACUCAGGAACUAGAAAAAGCUUCAAAGAACUUGAUUGUAUUGGAUGUAUCUUCACUCAAAGGAGGGGCACCAGGACGGACAAGAGGGCUAAAAAUGAGAGCUAUGGACUCAUUUUCAGAUGCCGUGAAUGGGAUCAAUCACCUCAGCUAACACAUAGCUAGCUAAGGACGAUAAUCCCCCAUGCCACAUGCCCAUCAAAUACUAACUCAUUUAUCAGUUUCAAGUCUUCUACUUCUUUUCCAGUAUUAACUUGGAAGGCAGGGAAUUAUAUUCUUGGAUUUUCUCCACAAUUCUUUGCUUGAUUUAGAACCCAAGAGAUAUGGUGUUGGAAGAUUAUUAUUAUUAUUGUUAUUAUUAUUUGUCCUUUGUGGGCGAUGAGAGAAGAUUUAAGAAUUGUGCGGCAAAAAGGAAACCAGUGUGGAAUAUUUGUUAUCCCCAUUUGCUAUUAUUUUUUUGGUUUGAAGAGAGAAAACAGAAGCAAAGGCCAAAACAGGGUAUGGAUAUUGUCAUUGGUUAAUGCCACAUUUUUAUAAUCAUUCAGCUCUAGUGGAAUGGUUGGAUUUGUCAUUGAAUUCUUAAUGGGCACUUUUUAUUUUUCU